ACUGGAGCGAGGAGGAGCGGGGGAGGAUGGAGAGGCGAGGAGGGGUAGGGACGGGGACAAGAGGGGUGGAGAGAGGAGAGGAUACAGGGGAGUUUUGGGUGAGGCGGCGGGUGGGGGAGUGAGAAGAGCCGGGGAGAGAGUGGGUAAGGAGCGUGCUGUGAGAGGAGGGAGAAGGAGAGCGGGUGGCAGAGGGAAGAACGGUGGGAUCAGCAACAGUAGGGGGUUGCAGGAAAGGAGGAGGAAGCGAGGAGGAAGGAGAGGAGGGGUUGGGGGAGGGAAAGAGGGAGGGCGAGUGAGGGAUUGUGAGGGGGUGAUGGUGGGGGAGUGGCCGGGAGUGGAUGGGUUGGCAGCAGUGGGGGCACUCAUGGCUGUGCGGGGGAGGCGAGUGAGGGAGGGAAGAGGAGGGGAGAGGGGCAGGGCGGGGAGCAAGAGCGGUGGUGGUGGUGCUGGUGUUGGGGGUCAGAGCAGCAACAGCAGCGGUGUUCCUUCCCUUCAUCACCCACCAUCGUAUCCCUCCCUCCCUCCCCAACCUGUAAACAUCUCCCCAAUUCUUUCAGCUCCUGUGCAGUGCUCCUGUGCCGUGGUGGGUCCUCACCUCUCCCAUGCACCCUCCGCGCCUCACUUUGGGGCAGCCAUUGACUCGCACUCCCUCGUGCUGCGCAAGGGGCAGCGCACCCCGCCCACCCGCCUGCAGGCCUACGUCAAUACGCCUGAGGUGGGGGGAAAUGGAAGGAGGAGCCUCCUUUUCAAGGGGAAAUGGAAGGAGGAGCCUCCUUUUCAAGGGGAAAUGGAAGGAGGAGCCUCCUUUUCAAGGGGAAAUGGAAGGAGGAGCCUCCUUUUCAAGGGGAAAUGGAAGGAGGAGCCUCCUUUUCAAGGGGAAAUGGAAGGAGGAGCCUCCUUUUCAAGGGGAAAUGGAAGGAGGAGCCUCCUUUUCAAGGGGAAAUGGAAGGAGGAGCCCCCUUUUCAAGGGGAAAUGGAAGGAGGAGCCUCCUUUUCAAGGGGAAAUGGAAGGAGGAGCCUCCUUUUCAAGGGGAAAUGGAAGGAGGAGCCUCCUUUUCAAGGGGAAAUGGAAGGAGGAGCCUCCUUUUCCCGAAUCACAACUCCGUCUUGCUCUCUCCCCACUCCCCCUUAUCUCUCCCUCCCCCCACCAACCUUGGCAGUUGAUUCGACGUGUGGGUGGAGGUGGGAGGGGGGAACGAAGGGGGGGAGCAACCCUCUCAUUCUGACUCGCAAGCUCCCUCGUGCUCUCUCCCUUCCCCCCCUCAUCUCCCCCUCCUUCCCUCAUUUCCUCCUCCCCCAUCAGCCUGGGCAGUCUUCCAUAUCCUGGGAAGUCGCACUGAUGUGUGGGUGGAGCCUAGGAAGUCGCACUGAUGUGUGGAUAGAGGUGGGGGGAAGGGGGGGAGGGGGCCUGCACGGCACACACGAGGUGGGGGGAGGGGGUGGAGGUGGUGGCACGGGGAGGGGGCUCACCAAGGGAGUGGGGGGAGGAGGGGGGAGAGGGGUGGGGAGAGGGGUGGGGCGGCGACGCUUGCUGGGGCUGAAGGGCCGAUCGGUGGCAUACCUACGUGCUGACAGCUCGGGCCUUCUUGCGUCACCGGUCUGGCUGCCAGCGCUGCAGCAGCUGGGUGUGAGCAAGGGGCACGCGGGCAGGCAACGCGGGGACUCGGGCCCUCUUCCUUCCCCCGGCACUAACGGACGAGCUCGCCGCCUCUUCAACGCCUUUGCCCACCGAUUCCGAUGCGCCAUCGGUGCUCCCAUGCCUGCAGCACACCAUGCCACCUCCGGUGCUGCUUCUAGUGCUACCGCUGCUUCUGUGGCAAGAACUGGGGAGGCAGCAGCAGCAGGGGCAACAAGGGCAGCAGGGGCAGCAGGGGCAGCAGGGACAGUAGGGGAAGCAGCCAUCCCCAUCCCCAUGCCUCGCAUGCCCCCGCACUGGCCAGUGCUGUACCUUCUGCUGCAUGCAUGCGACAAGCUCACAUUGUUUGGCCUUAUCCGCAACGCCUCCGUGCACGUGCUACAGAGCCCCAUGCACGUCCCCUCAGUGCCCUCAGAGCUGUACCGCCGCCCAUCCCUGCUGGUGCUGGAAUUUAUUGCUUCCGUUCCUUCUUUCCCCUCGCCCAUCCCUUUCUCCCAGCCCCAUGCACAUGCCCUCUGUGCGCUCAGAGCUGCAUCGCCGCCCAUCCCUGCUGGUGCUAGAGUCGCUGCUGCAUGCACUGGCACGCACCAACCUGCUCAGCUGCUGCGGGGGCAUCGAAGACCACUUCUGCCGCCUGCCCCCGCUGCUGCGUGGGGCAGGGAGUGGGGUUGGAAAGGGGAGGUGGCUUCUGGUGCAGGUGGUUUUGAUGCAGGCAUGGCUGGGGGGAGUGUGGCUGGGGAUGGUGGGGGGAUGGAAGACUAUGAUGAGGAUGAGGUGGAUGGCAGAGGGAAGACAGGGAAGGUGGUGGGGGGACAGGGCGCAGUGGAGGGGGCUGGGUGGGGGGAUGAGUAUGGUGAUGAGGGGGAGGAAGUGGGGGAGGAGGGGGAGGGGGAAGGGGGUGGAGAGGGGAUGGGUGGGGGGGAAGAUGAUUAUGAGUAUGAUGAUGACUACUAUGGGGCACCUAUUGAGGAGCUGAUGAGUGACUUGGAGCAUGCCAAUGCGGCACCAUGCCCAAGAGGCGCCGCCGCGAAAUCCGCCGCGUCUCUCGCCGCGGAUCGCGGAGAGGCGGUGCAGGCGGUGAGCGACGCGCUGAAGCGCUUCGUGCGGGGGAAGUGGGACACGGGCGCGCUGGCGGGCGCGGCGGGGAUCGGGGGGAGCGGCGGAACCGCCAUCAUUGCGCCCGCGCUUAGGGGACUGCCUGUCGGUGUUCCCAAGAUUAUUGUUUCCACCGUCGCCAGCGGCAACACGGCGCCAUACGUGGGCACAUCGGAGCUGCUGCUGCUGCCAUCGGUGGCGGACGUGGCGGGGCUCAACGCCAUUCUCCCUCCAACCCCAUUGCCUCUCCCCCCCUUCCCAAACACCACCCAACCAGCGGCAACACAGCACCAUACGUGGGCACCUCGGAUCUCUUAUUACUACCAUCAGUGGCGGACGUGGCGGGGCCUAAACGCCAUUCUCCGCGCUGCCCUCUCCUCCGCCGCAGCUGCCCUCGCCGGCAUGCUGCUCCUGCGCGCCCUGCCCACCCAACCGCCCUCCACCGCUCUGCCUUCCUCUGUUGGCGCUUCUGCUGCUGCUACUGCGCCGGUUACAGUGGGGAUCACGAUGUUUGGGGUUACCACGCCGUGCGUUACGGAGGUGCAGCGGCUUCUCAGCAGCAAGGCCAGCAAGGAGGGAGGCGCGGGGUGGGUGGGGGAUGCAGGAGGAGUAGGAGAGGUGGAGACGGUGGUGUUUCAUGCGACGGGCACGGGGGGAAGAGCUAUGGAGGAGAACGUUGCUUCUGGACUCAUUCAGGUGCGCUCGCUGCACAUACCUCUCUUUACCCGCCCGCUCAUCCCCCCUCACCAUGCUGCUCACCCGCUCACCGCACUGCUCACCUCCACCCGCGCUGCUAGUUAUCAGCACAGCGAGAUACGAAUCGACUUGCCGAGAUCAUUUCACUCCAAGCUCACCCUUCCCUCCCCCCUUUACCAGCCGGUACUGCACAUCACGACAACCGAGGUGAAGGACUUGGUAGUGGGCGGCACCAUGGCGUGCCUGCAGUUCACAGUAUUGACAGUCACUUCAGCCACACCCCUCCCUCCCCACCCUGUUCUGGACGUCACGACAACCGAGGCAGCGGACUUUGUAGCUGUGCUGGACAUCACAACAACAGAGGUGGCGGACUUCAUAGUGGGCGGCACCAUGCCGUGCCUGCCCACCAGGUUUGACGCCGCCAUUCAGCACAAGGUGCCCCUCGUGCUCAGCCUGGGGGCGCUCGACAUGGUCAACUUCGGAGAAGCUUCCUCCGUGCCCAAGGAGUUUGACGGGCGCACCCUCCACGUGCACAACCCACAGGUCACCCUCAUGCGCACAACGGCUGACGAGAACCGUCGGAUCGCGCAGUUCAUCGCGGACAAGAUGAACCAAUCGCAGGCGCCCGUGACACUACUAAUACCUGAGGGGGGCCUGUCCGCUCUAGACGCCCCGGGCAUGGCCUUUUGGGACCCCGCUGCCGACGCUGCUCUGUUCGAUGAGCUGGAGAAGCAAGUGGAGCAGACAGACAGCAGGAAGGUGGGUACGAAGUGGUGA